UGUGAACAUUAAGAAAUGUAAAGAUUAAUAUAACAUAAGUUCUGUUUUAUAUGAAAAAGAAAACACUAUGCUUCCAAUACGAUAUACACGAAAUUUAUUUCUCAGAGGAAUUUGCAUAAUUUAUUUAUCUGCUUUUCUCAGUUUCUAUGUUCAGAUUCCUGGGUUAUACGGUAAUAAUGGAAUCUUACCUGCUAGAACACAGUUAAAUUUUGAAAGUCAUAUAUCAUUCAAUGAAAAAUUUUCACAAAAGCCAACAUUGAUAUGGUUCGCUCCAUAUUUAGGCUUAAAUGUAGAAUAUAUGCUUGAUUUAUUAUCACUUUUUGGAGUAACACUUGCUUUUUUAGGAUUUGUUUCACAAAAGUUCUGUAUUUCACCUGUGUUUAUAACACUUUGGUUGUUAUAUUAUUCUUUAUACCAAAUUGGUCAAAUAUUUAUGAAGUUUCAAUGGGAUUCUCUUCUCUUGGAAACAGGAUUUCUAUGUAUCUUCAUAGCACCACUUUUAUAUUCUCAGAAUAAUAAAAGAAGUACUCCAAGUGAUACUGUUACUUUUUGGACUGUGCGUUGGUUACUCUUCCGAUUGAUAUUUUCUACUGGUGCAGGAAAACUCAUUUCUCAAUGUCCAAGUUGGUGGAAAUUGAAUGCUUUGAACACAUAUUUUGAAUCUCAAUGUAUACCUACUGCUUUAGCAUGGUAUGCACAUCAUUUGCCAGUUUGGAUCCUUCGGUUUACUACUGUUCUAACAAAUGUUAUUGAAAUUGUUAUUCCAUUUUUAUUCUUCUUUCCAAAUAGAUUAGUAAGAGUAACAGCUUGCUAUCUUCAGGUAUUCCUACAAGUUUUCAUUAUUGUAACAGGAAAUUAUAACUUUUACAAUUUUUUGAUAAUAUGCUUAUGUAUCUCUUUACUGGAUGAUCAUAUUUUCAAUGGUAGAAAACAUAAAAAUAAUAAUGUCACUGACAAAAAUUCUGUAUUUUUGUGUAUCAUGAUAUAUACAAGUAUAUUAUAUGGUAUGUGUGUGUAUUACAACGUACAUAUCACGAAUAAUUGGACUAUUGAAACUGAAAUUGCAUUUACUCAAAAGCAAUUUGAUAAUGCCCUGUCAUAUAUAAUUCCUAUUUCCAUUUAUAUGGGUAUUGUGUCACUAGGAUACAUAAUAAUAAAUACAAUGAAAGACUUAGUAAUUUUCAGUAAAGGAACACAGAGUAAAGCAAUUGUUAAUCUUGUUACAAUUUUAUACACUGCUGCUGUAUGUUUAAUUUUUACCCUUAGUAUUGUGCCAUAUGUUACAUUGAAUCCAUCUUACAACUUAUCAAUACCAUCUCAGAUUCAAAAACUUUACACAAAUGUUGAACAUCUCCAUCUUGUUAACAGUUAUGGUUCAUACAGACCUAUGAAAGAUAAUAGUGGAAGGCCAGAAAUAAUUAUUGAAGGCAGUAACACUAUUGAUGGAUCUUGGAAAGAAUAUGAAUUUCUAUACAAACCAGGAAAUGUAAAUAAUAUAUUGCCAUUUGUAGUUCCUCAUCAACCUCGUCUUGACUGGCAAAUGUGUUUUGCUGCUUCAAGUACAUAUCAUCAAAAUCCUUGGUUAAUGUCAUUAGCUUAUCGUCUUUUAAAUGGACAACCCGAAGCAUUGGCUUUAAUAAAUACUGUGGAAAAUCCAUUUAAUAUUAAGCCACCGAAGUACAUAAAAGCCAGUCUUUAUCAUUAUUAUUAUGUUCCAUGGAAUGAUACACAAAGCAAUGCGCAAGCUUGGUGGACUAGAGAAAAGGUAGAGGAGUAUAUGCCAAUAUUUGCUAGAGAUCAUGUACCGUUAAUAGAAUAUUUAUCAAAAAAGAAACUUAUUCAAGAAAAAACAACUUUAAAAAUUACCAAUGAAAGACUUAAAUCAAUAUUAGAUGCUAUUAGACGUUUAGUUUCUAAAGUUGAAGCAAGUUUAUUCUUGUGGGGAGUUCAUACAGCAGGCUGGGGAAUAAUGCUCUUAUGAUUUAAAUGCUAUUCAAAAUAAUUUAAUUUAAAAAAAAAAUUACAUAACUUUUCAUAAGCUAUCACAAUAAUUAUUAAAAUAUUGUCAUUACAUAAAAAUAAUAAUUAUAAAAACGAAUACAUACUAAAAAUAUUAAUGUAUAUAGUUUUUGAUAGGUUUUUGUGUCUGUUUUGUAUGCACAGAGUAAAGCAAUCAUAUUAUUCUACUAUGCAAUAUAUUUCUGAUUUAUGAAAUGGG